AUGUUUAAUAUUUUCAUAUUCUAUAUGAUACUUAUAAAUAAUGAUCUAAACGGUAAUAAAAUAACAUUAUUUCAAAUUACACCCGGUAUACCCAUUGUUACUCGACAACUUUAUUCUAAAUUAAAAUUACCUAGAAUCAUCGUCUGUAAACCAUUUGAUCAAAACUGUUCACGAUUAAUUCAUCAAUUACUUGAAUGUGAAAAUAUUAUAAUGAAUGAUCCCGGUUUUAGUUCACAACAGUAUGUACAUAACAUUAAUAUACAUAGACAAAUGAUAACGGAAAUGGAAAGAUGUUUUGAUGAUGAAAUAAAUCCAAAUCCAUUGAGUACUGAAAAAAAAUUUGAUUUUUCACCGCUUUAG